AUGUGUACGGGAGCCUGCUCUAAGUUUAUCGCAAUCCCGCUCUACAUCCUGGCUCUAGUGUCCAUGAUCUGCAACAUCAUUCUCUUCUUCCCUGACUUUGACACAAAGUAUGCAGCCGCAGAGGGCCAAAUCACAGAGGAGGUCAAAUACAUGGGGGGCUUUAUAGGAGGAGGACUCAUGAUCCUCAUUCCUGCCAUCCACAUUCACCUGACCGGUGCUAAGAACUGCUGUGCCAACCGCUGUGGGAUGUUCCUGUCCAUUGGUUUCGCAGCAGCUGGGGUGCUGGGGGCCGUGUACAGUCUGAGUACUGCUGCCCUGGGCCUCUCUAACGGGCCAACGUGUCUCUGGAGCAACCAACAGAGCAUGAAGGAACAAUGGGGAGCACCCUUCGCUAACAGCUCCGGGAACUACCUGUUUGAAAAAGACCAAUGGAAUUGGUGUAAAGCGCCAAAGAACGUGGUUGAAUUCAACGUGGGCCUGUUCUCCACUCUGCUGGCGGCAGCGUGCUUGGAGCUCGCCUUGUGUGCCAUCCAGAUGGUCAACGGACUCUUUGGCUGUAUCUGUGGCACCUGUGGCAAAGAGCAAUAAGAUGAGCUACAGCACACCAUGACUUCUUGAAGAAGAAAUGACAGGGAUCACCAUCACCAUCGCCAUCCACUCUGUCAUCAUCGCCAUCAUCAUCGCCACUCUCCUGAUCUGCUGCGCCGACGGGCGAUGAGAUAGAGGCGCACAGUCGGAAAUGAUUCAAGAGGAAUGACUG